CCGUGAGAGUCUCGCGCAGUCAAACCUCUCUCUCUCUCCGUCUUUUGUGUUCCGAUUGCAGUUCGGAACGCCUCGGAUCGAAGGCUUCGAAGUUUGCAAAAUGUGAAGGGAUUCGCAGCUGCAGGAGGUAUGGCUUCAGCUGGUACGGUGCCUUCAGGAAUGGGAAAACCUAGUGGUGAUGCAAUGUUGGUUGACAAGCUCCCUGAGGAAAUCAAUGAAAUGAAGAUCAGAGAUGAUAAGACGGAGAAGGAAAUGGAAGCUACUGUGGUGGAUGGAAAUGUAACUGAAACAGGCCAUAUAAUUGUGACAACAAUUGGUGGUAAAAAUGGUCAACCGAAGCAGACCAUAAGCUACAUGGCAGAACGUGUUGUUGGGCAGGGUUCGUUUGGAAUUGUUUUUCAGGCUAAAUGCCUUGAAACUGGGGAAACUGUUGCAAUCAAGAAGGUCUUGCAGGACAAGAGAUAUAAGAACCGUGAACUGCAAACAAUGCGCCUUCUUGAUCAUCCCAAUGUUGUUUCACUCAAACAUUGCUUCUUUUCGACUACAGACAAGGACGAGCUUUAUCUCAAUUUAGUUCUUGAAUAUGUACCUGAGACACUUUAUCGUGUAGCAAAACACUACAGCAGGGCAAGUCAGAGGAUGCCUAUGAUAUAUGUCAAACUCUACACAUAUCAGAUUUUUAGAGCUCUGGCAUAUAUUCAUGCGGGUGUUGGAGUCUGCCACAGAGACAUAAAGCCUCAAAAUCUACUGGUUAAUCCCCAUACUCACCAGCUCAAGCUAUGUGAUUUUGGCAGUGCAAAAGUUUUGGUCAAAGGGGAGCCAAAUAUAUCAUAUAUAUGUUCUCGUUAUUAUCGUGCACCUGAACUUAUAUUUGGAGCAACUGAAUACACAACUGCAAUUGAUAUAUGGUCUGUGGGCUGCGUCCUUGCUGAACUGCUUCUUGGCCAGCCCCUCUUUCCAGGUGAGAGCGGAGUUGAUCAGCUUGUUGAAAUAAUUAAGGUACUUGGAACCCCUACUCGGGAGGAGAUCAAAUGUAUGAAUCCCAACUAUACUGAGUUCAAAUUUCCACAAAUCAAGGCUCAUCCUUGGCACAAACUUUUUCACAAGCGUAUGCCACCUGAAGCUGUGGAUCUUGUCUCAAGACUUCUUCAAUACUCCCCGAACUUGAGGUGCAAUGCUUUAGAGGCUUGUAUCCACCCCUUCUUCGAUGAACUCCGCGACCCUAAUGCUCGCCUCCCAAAUGGGCGCCCCUUGCCCUAUCUCUUCAAUUUUAAGCCUCAAGAGCUGAAAGGAGCAUCUCUGGAGCUGCUGUCCAAACUGAUCCCAGAACAUGCCCGGAAGCAGUGCCCCUUCCUCAGUUUCUAAGAGUGUAACAUCAACGUGGAUUCUCUUUUGGACUGGUUUGUUUGUACCUGUACCUGUAACUGUACCUUGUUUCCCUAACUUGGAUCAUGCAGAAUUAGAUUUAGAAGCAACCCUGCUUGUUUAUUUGUUAUAUACUAAUGGUGACGGGGUGUCCCAAAAGUCUCUUGAUUGAUCAACAUUCCUGGGUCUUA